AUGGUCGACUUCCUGGCCGACGCCAGCAUCGAAGCCGAGGUGUUGAAGGGCGUAGCACGCGUCGAGUGCUGGCAGGUGGAAGGCCACCACGCCCUGCCCGACCACCUCCACGAGGCCGCUGGUCUGUUGGUGUGGCACCUGGUCCACUUCCCUCGUCAGGUCUUCGAGCAGAAGCUCUCCAGCGAGGGCACCAAGACCAAGGUGCUGGUGCGCGUGGGGAUGGGCAUCGACUCGGUCGACCUCCAGGCAGCCGGCGAACGCGGGAUCUACGUGGCCAAUGUGCCGGACUACGGCGUGGAGGAGGUGGCCGACUCGACCCUCUCCCUGAUCCUCAACCUGGUGGGCUCCUCAUCGUGUCUCCUCUUUUCCCACUCGCGCGCGGCGAUGGCCACACUCACCUCGCAAGCCUCCCGCGCCGCUGCGCAGAUGCGGAAGACGCACGUGCUGGCCAACGGAACGAAGGAAAACAAGAUCCGAGGAAAGAAGUUGGGCAUCAUCGGCCUCGGCAAGAUCGGACGUGCUGUGGCGGAGAGGGCGAAGCCGUUUGGGUUCGACAUCUUCUUCUACGAUCCCUACCUGACCGAUGGCGUGGACAAGUCCAUGGGCAUCGGCCGGUGUGAUUCGCUGGAGGACCUGCUGGCCUCCUGCGACGUGGUGUCCCUCAACUGCGACCUCAACACCGACAACCACCACCUACUCAACACCGCCACGCUCUCGCACAUCCCCAAGAACAAAGGCACGGCUCUUCUCGCGGCGAUGAAGGAUGGCAGGAUUGGCGCCGCCGCGCUUGAUGUGCUCGAAGAGGAGCCCUACACGGACGGACACCUGAACGAGGUGCCCGACCUGCUGCUGACGCCGCACACGGCGUUCUACAGCGACGAGGGCUUCAUCGAGAUGCGCACCAAGGCCGCCCUCGAAGUCAAGCGCGUGCUGCAGGGCGGCGCUCCGCGCAACUGCGUCAACAAGCAGUGGAUCAAGUCGUGA